CAACAUAUUUAACAAUUAUGUAUUAGUGUAUUACAUUUUACACGUACCAAUUUUAUAUUAUUCCUUCAUUCAAUUUAAAAUUUAAAAUACGUUUUAUUUAAUUUGUAAUUUAUCUGCACAUAAAUAAUGGUUUUAUUGACUAUGAUAGCGAGAAUUCCUGAUGGAUUACCAUUAGCUGCAUCUAUGCAAGAUGACGAACAGGUAAACUUUAUAUUGCAAAAAUGUUUUUAAAAUUUGUAUAGUUUCAAAAAAAUAAACAUUUUAAAUGUAAAUAAAACAUAUACAUAUAAUAUUAUGUUUUCAUAUAGGUCGGAAGAAAAUUAAUUGAAUAUCAAAAUCAAGCUAAACUUCUUUUUAAAAAACUAAAUUUUCAAUCCCCUAAGCAAUGUACAAUUGAAUCUCCACCUUAUUAUUUUCAGUAAGUUUUAUUUCUAAAAUAAUUUUAUUUAAAAUCUCGUUAUUCAAAAAAUAAAUUGAUUUUAGUUAUUUAAUUGAAAGAGAUGUUUGUUACUUGGUAUUAUGCGAAAAGAAUUUUUCAAAACGAUCUGCAUUCAGUUUUUUAGAAGACAUAGCAGCUGAAUUUAAUCGGCUUUAUGGACGACAAGUAUCAACUGUUUCACGGCCUUAUACAUUAAUUGAAUUUGGUAACUUAUUUUUAGUUAGGUACUUAAUGAUAAAUAAAUAUGUAGUUAAUUUAGAUGUAUUGGGACUCAGAAGCAUGUCCAAAUUAGGAAAUUAUUUGAAUGGAAUUAUAUUUAUCAGAAAAAUAUUUCUUUGGAAAGUAAAAUUGCUAAAAACAAUAAUUGGUUUCUAAAAUAUUUCUAUUACUCUUUAAAGUAUCCCAGUUUUUUCCCCUAGUGACCUACUCAACAUAGAUUUUCACAACAAAUUAUUUUUUAUGGAAAUUCCAAUAUGAGCUUUUGAAGCAUUCAAAUGUAAGUAGUUAAAGGCCCACAAUCGGUAAAUUUUUAGGCUAAGAACCAUUAAUUUUUACUCAAUAUUCCCAUUUAAAAUUCAACUUUCUGUACUCAAACAAGUCUCCAAUGUAAUUAUAUUCUUAAUUUUUUUUAAAUAUACAUAUUUAGUUAUAAUAAUAAUAAACAAAUUUAUUAGUCAUUACUUUUAUUAUUCUAGAUAAUUAUAUACAGAAAGCAAAGAAAAAUUACAUAGAUUCGAGAGUACGAAGAAAUCUUAAUUCAUUAAAUAAUGAACUUCAAGAUGUACAAAGAAUAAUGGUUCAAAAUAUUGAUGAUGUGUUGCAAAGAGGCACUGUUUUAUCAGGUAAUAAAUUAUUUUUUAUAAUACUUUUAAUUAGGCCGUUAAUAUAAAUAAAGUUAUAAUAUUUCUUAAUGAGACGAUUCAAUUGGUCUUUUUAAACUUUAAAUCCGCUUUAAAUAUUCAAUAAAAUAUAAAAUAAUAAAUUUGUUUUCUAAAAUGAAAAAUUUAUCAAUUAGUUUUUAAAAUAACAAAUAACUUAAGUUUUUAUUGUUAAUGCAAUAAAUCCUUCAUAUAAUCAUAUCCUUAUUGUUUUUAACUAAAGCCAUUAUUUAUAAAAGUAUAAUUUUAAUAUUAUAAAGAUUUAAACCUUCACCAUGCAAAUUUUUUAAUUGCGUUACUGGUGACUUUUUAAAUUUUGAUUUAUUGAAAUCGAUUCUAAAAAUAUAAUAUUAAGUUUGUUAUUUUAACGGGUUUGCAAGUCUGACAUGAGUUUGUUUAUAAAUAGAGGUGGUUGAAGGAAUGGUUUUGAUUAGUGAUGUUUAGGAUAAUACUAAGGACACUAUACUUUUCGCAGUAGUAUUAGGUUAGAUAAGUGCCUAUCUCUCCUCCAUAAGGGGAUAGCUUGAGUUAGCAAGCAAAACUGUUACCUGCAUUUUGAACCACACCAUUUCAAAAUAAAAGGCCAUCCAAUAAACUAGAUCUAUUCUGCAUAUUAUCUUUGGGACACAUAGUUAUUAAAUCCUCCAAAGUUCUUAAAUAAUAGUUUCUAAAAAAAAUUGUGAUUGCGCCAUAAUCUUCAGCGUGAAACUUGAUAUUCAAAAUAAAGGAAAGGUUGCUGUCUAUUUAUUAUCAAAAAAUUUAACCCUUAUUGGUGAUUCACGCAUAAUUUUCGAUAUUAUAUGAACAUUUUUUAUUUUUUGGUAAUUUCUGAGUACUUUGGCAACACAGAUAGAAUAAAAACAGUUGUUAUUUUUAAUUUGGUUGUCACAGACAAGGAAAUACUCUUUUUAAAAGAUAAAUUACCUGGAAAUAAUAAUUUACUUAACAUGGGUGGAAACAAGGACACAUUAAAUUAAAUUUAAUGAUUUAUGAUUUAGAAAGACUUUUUAAAAAUUCUGUUUUAAUAUGGUAAAAAGAAAUUUACAAACCAGGGAAAUUAAGCUGGUAUCUAAUACCAACUUCUUAUGAUAAAAACUUUUAAAUUGAUUUUAAAAUUCAAAGUUAUAAUAUUCAAUUGUUUUAAUAUAAAUUACAUCACACAAAUUUAACUUAUACCUAUUAAAUAAAGUUGUCUCCAAAGGUUUUAAGGUCAUUGAAAACUUCAUGACAUUAUCUAAACAAUAAAAACAUAUUUUUGAAUUAAUAAAGAUGCACUAUGCAAAACAAAAGUUGUAAUUAUAAUAAACACUUAUCAAAAUAAAGAGUAAAAUAAUUUUGUUGAAAAUUAAAAAUAUACCAUAAUAUGAUUAAAUUUCAUUAAACUUUCAAUUAAUCCUACACAAUUAGCAAACAAUAAUAACUAAUUAUUAAUAACUUUUGUUCAUUGAUUUGCCUAAUUCUUGAUGUAUGAUUAUUCGUUUUGAUAAAAUACAAAAUCAUUGGAAAAUAAUUUGGGAGUAACUAGACAAAUUUGUAUGAGAACGGGGGGGGGCAAAAUUAUUUAAUAUAUUAAAAUGUUCUUCUUUUCAUGUUCAUUCAUAGUAGCUUAUCGCCUAUGUCUUUAUAACUUCCCAUUCCAAUAUUCUGCCAGCUGUAUGGCAUUGUCAUUCAAUUUUUUCUACAUCCUUAUUGGUAUACCUAGUACUAAGAUUGGGGUACCCUUAAAUAUGUCCUUCAUCCUGAAUUUCUCCACAUUCACAUUUGUCAUCUAUUCUAUGUGUUUCUAUUUCGUUUGUAAGAGAAGAGUUCCUCUAUACAGGACACACAUAUGCCGCUGCCAAGAGGCAGGGUGUUAUGAGUGUUACUUAAUGUGUUAUGGUUUGCUCCCCAUUUAGAACCUACCAGUUACCUUAUGAUUUCAUUUCUCGUACUGACUUUUUUUGUGUUUUCACAAUGUUUUCUAUAACUUAAGAGUUCUAUCUAAUGUUAAAUUCAGAUAUUAUGGUAUUUGAUCAUUUUCUUUGCCAUUUGAUGUGCAUAUUUCUGUUUGCUUGUUUAUUUCGUAAAUGGAACGCGAAUAUUUGUGUUUUGUGUUAAUUUUGCUUUAGGUGGUUCGUUUCACAUAAUAAUAUAAAUAUAAAUUAUAAUGUUAAUUUAUUAUGAGAUACAAGAUAAUGGAGACAUGAAAUAAUACCAGUUAUGAAAAUUAUAAAUAGUUAAUAUAUACUUGCAUGCAAAUAUAGUCACAUAAUACAAAUGUAUAAUUUAAUUAUAAAUAUAAAUACUUAUUUAGCCUGGAUAUUAUAAAUAAACAAAAAAGAAACUUUACUACCAACUAGUAGUUAUCUUUUACUAAUUCAUAAUACUAAUAUUAUUUUUAACUCAUAUUACUUAAGGUUCAAUAAUUUCUACAAAAAUCCAAAAUGCCUUAUUAGUUAUCAAUAAUAUAUUUUUAAAAUAUUUGGAAUAAAAUACUCUAAGCUUAGCUUCCCCCAGUUAACACACAUUGAAAAUAAUGUACAUUUAAAUUUGUAUCAUACCUGGUCAUUAUAAAAUCUACAGAUAUUUUAUUAUUAUAUUAAAAUAUACAAUUUUUAUAUAUGUUUAUUUUCAUGAGUAUUAAACACUCAAUUUUAAAUGUUCACUUUCAUGAAAUGUCUUUAAUAUUAUUGUCUAUUUUUUUUCCAGAGCUUGAUUCAAAGGCCCAAAAUUUAUCUAUAUUAUCAAAAAAAUACAAAAAAGAAGCAACAAAUCUUAAUCUAAAAUCAAUGUAUAUAAAACUUACAGUUGCAGCAAUUUUUGUUAUUAUACUAUUUUUAUAUUUUUAUGUUUUAUAAAUAGUGUUUAAAGUGUUAUUAAUAAUUUAUACUUUAUUUAAUGCUGAAUACAUAUUUGAUGGCUGGGGGGGAUUUUGUUAAAAACUUUAUACCUACUAUAUUAAUUUAAUAUAAUAAAAGUAAUCUUUAGAACCUACUCUUCAUUUAUAAUUUGAUGUAUAAUAUUCUUCUUCGAGUUCAUAUAAUUCUGUCGACAUAUCAUCUACUAAACUGGUUAGUUUUCGAUCACAUUCUACUUGUUUGGUGCGGAAGAGUUUUGAAUUUUGGGCAAUGGCUUCAUUAACUGAUGGGAAGUCAUUCAAAAUAAGGUACUGCUUCAUAUCAGAAACAAGUUUUAACAAAGAUUCUCCAGCACGAACAAUGUUGGCUGCUCUGACUUCCAUUUCAAAUGCGAUUAAUUCACUUCUGGUAGCUUUGGAAAUCUGAGUUUGAUCAUCAUCAGUUUUGCACAGUUUUACAAUACCUAUAACAUAAAAUGUAUCCUA